CAUCACAAAAGAUCAGAACAUUGGAAAACAUUUGUACGCCAACGUGAGCUGACAACUUGCCGAACUGUUGUAGAACUAGAAGCAGCCCCGCAAGAACAACAAACAGAAACAUUGCGGUAUACCUACCUUCCUAUCCUUUCAAUCCAGGUAGUCAGCAGAGCCCCAGAGUAUCAAAUACAUCGGCACAAUAUCUCAUCGAGUUUGGGUGAAGGGAAAGAUAAAGAAGAAAACCCGCUUUUGCGCAAAGACUACAAGUAACGCCUAUUUUCAGAGACUCUCCAUAAAUGGAGAGAUUUUGAACACAUUUCAUUGGCUGCAAUCCAAGGAGUGGUUUCACAAACUCUCCACUCGAACUGUCACAAUCGAACACCGUUGCGCGACCGGCACCACAUCAAUCCAGUUUAGUCUACGAAAUUAUUCAGAACGAAUUGGUCGCGAACGCUUUCUGAGUUUUUCUCGAUCGGCCACCAUCCCCCUGAACGCGAUAUGUGAUAUUAAUCCAGUAUUCAUCUUAAAUCAUAACAUAUGCUAGAGCUAGUGUUUUCAAACAAUUCUCCAAUUGGAUUAUAGAGUGUCAAAAUAAAUGAUUUAACUGUGAAACGAAAAAAAAAGAAGUGUUGAACAAGAAAAAUAGAUUCUACUUGACAACCACCCAUGACAAUGGUGAAAAUUGACGGUAUUCAAGCUACACCGAUUCACCAUCAAACGCAUUCUUUUCACCAUCAUCAACAAACUGAACUUCCGCAUACCCCAAUUUUUAGUAUGGCCCGGACGCCUCACCUCAAGUCGAGCUUCUCGAUCAACUCGAUAUUACCCGAGACUGUCGAAAGUAAUCGCGGCGAAAUGGAUCGGCACACUCCGACUCCAGAGCACUGCCCUGGAUCGCCUUUGGGCUCUGAAGAGCAGGAUUUAUCCGACAUCGAAUCCGAUUUAGACGUGACGAGUAUGUCACCUCCACCACCCAUUGACGGGAGCGAGGGAAGUGUGAGCAGUCAGCAGAACGACGGCGGGGAUAACGAGAAGGAUGGCGAUGAUAAACCAAGCGAUUCCACAACUGACAAAAAGGGCAACGAGAAGCCUCCAUACAGCUACAAUGCCCUGAUCAUGAUGGCGAUCAGACAGAGCCAGGAAAAGCGACUCACGCUUAACGGCAUCUAUGAGUAUAUUAUGACAAAUUUUCCCUACUACAGGGACAACAAGCAAGGCUGGCAGAACUCCAUCAGACACAACCUCAGCUUGAAUAAGUGUUUUGUGAAGGUCCCCCGCCAUUACGAUGAUCCCGGCAAGGGAAACUACUGGAUGCUUGAUCCGUCGGCAGAAGACGUUUUCAUUGGAGGAUCAACCGGAAAGCUGCGUAGGCGCACAACUGCAGCGUCUAGAUCGCGAUUAGCUGCAUUCAAACGCUCGCUCAUUGGCCCCAUGUUCCCUGGGCUUGGCUAUCCCCAAUUCGGGCAAUUCUUAUACCCUGCCGCAGCAGCGGCAGCAGCAUCCGCCCCAUCACUUCUAGCCAGCAUGUACAGUCGAUAUAAUCCCUUCGUACCAAAAUCACCCGGACUUUCGCUGCCAAUGUCCUUCGGCGGAGCGGGCGUCCCUCCUGGGAUGGGUUCGAAUGCCGGGUUCCCAGCUAACAUGGAACGACUUCUCUCCUCACCCUCUCACCAAAGUGGCGCGCCAGCGCCUUCACUUCCGUCCUCUGCCGAACUCUAUCAACGCCUGCAAUAUCAGCAGCUUCUGCAGCAGCACGCAGCCGCCGCAGCAGUUGCAGCCCACCAACGACAGCAGCAGCAGCAACAACAGCAACAGCAGCAACAAAACGCUCACCUCCAGCCCCUGCAGCUUUCCACACAUCACGGCCAAACCAGCCCCUCAGCGCCGGUUUCGCCGACGGUACCACAGGGCCCCAUCUACAAGCCAGUUACAGUUGUUUCUCGUAAUAGUUGAGACUGCAAACACUUAUCCCGUGAUGACAGUUGCUGCUGCGCACCCGAUAGACGCUCCCAGUGGCGCCGCACUCUGUCACCACCAGAUAUUCCUUGUUGUGUAAAUACAUAGUUCAUAAAUCUUCUAGUUUAGUAUCUUAACUUAAUUAUUAAUUUAUUUGUUGACAUUUAAUUAUUAUAAACGAAACGAAAAACAAAAAGAAAACCAACAGCUUUUGUAUGAAAAAACAAAACAAAUAACAGUACUGGUAAAGCUCUCUCCUUCUUUUUAAGACAGUUCUAUUGUAAAUAGUUCUCUUAUCGUAACAGCCCGUAGUUAGAAUAGGAAAUUAAUUCAAAGUCAUUGUGAACUGAUGAAAUUGUUGUAAACGAAAUCCUCUAAUCCGGAAAAAUACGGAUAGCAGAUUUAAUAAUAAAAAUAUUUCAAAAAAUACAUACAAUUAAAAA